GUGCUUUCCACUCGGCUCCAUCAAGUCGUGCCCGCGAUCGGAUUUGUUUUGCAAACAACUCGUUCUAAUUCGCUUCAGUUUUGGUUAAUCACGGUUCAAUAAUGGAAGUCUGGAAUAGAAGGGACCUUGUUCCACCGGUACUGAAUACAUUUGCUUGUACAACUAAACAUAGUAAAGAUGAGAUUCGCUGCCUCAUCAGUACCAUCACCGAUGCUCUACGGUACUUCGAGUCGCAGGCUUCAUUCGACCAAGCGGCCGCAUACGUCAGCCGAUUUUGUGUUCAUUGGGAUAACCGCUUCUACAAUAUGCACGGUUUCCGGCUAAUCAAACAGUUAAACCAAUCGUUGCUUCGGUACCGUACGGUGGACGUCGUUCAUAUGCUUUCGAAUUUCCUUAAUUUACUGCCAGAUGGGAAUUAUUUGGAGAAAAUAGUGCAACUGCCAACACGAGGCAAUCUGGAUUAUCUUCUGGUGCGCUGUCAGGGAUUGGCGAAGCUCUUUAGUCGGAUUGCGUCUCUGUCUGAGAAUGCAGCUCGGUUCUAUGUCAGAUUUAUGUCCACCGGUUCUUUCUUCAAUGUUUGUUCACUGUUCUUGUGUCUGCUGGCCGAAGUGUGGUACAAAUCGAUUUAUAUUUGCCAAAAGAUAGUUCAAAUCUACAACAAACUGUACCCGUUCCGUUCACUUCUACAAAAUACAGCUGAAGAUUGGCCACUUGGCAUUGAUUGCUUCUACCCGGAAGACUUGGGCAUUUGGUUAGGAAAGGAAUACAGCCAGCGAAUAAUCGCAUGUGAGGAAGGUGCCCAGGAUCUUAAACUGAGUUCUGAUUCUAAUCUGUUUCUUUUGCUUUCAAAAGAGACAUCUGAUCGAACCACUAGCAACACAAUAGACGCGCGCAUUAAUGCCACACUGACAAAGCCUACAAUCGAAACAGACAUGUCUGCUUCUAUACCAAAGGCUAUUCUCCUUAAACAGAUCCAGUUCGACGAAGGAGAGCGUAUUGAUCGAAUGCCAUUCGCCAAAGCCAAGCAAUUGCCCAACAAACCCCAUUUCGACGCACAAAGCGUGAAAUCCAAAUUCGACGUGAAAAAUUUCCUGGACGAAGAAAAGACAAAACGACGACAGAAUCUAUCACAAGCCGUCACCCAAAAUUUGGCCGAUAAUGCGUUCAACGCCUUUGCCUCCAGCAUGGCAAGAGAAAUGAAUCGCAUGGGCACCAAGGAUUUGCUGCAAAUUUUCAAACAGGAACUGACGGAGCUGAUAGGCAGGAGUCCCUCGGGUGGUAAAGGGAAAUCGAAAAUGAAUAAACGUUCCUCAAAGUAGAUUAA